CUCAUAUGACCUGUAAUUUUGUCACAGCACUACUUGUCUGCUUCACACUUCUUUGCUCCCAGGCUCGUUGCAGGACGUGUCUGGCUUCAGCUUCAAGGUCAGUGCUUCUUCUUAGUGAUUAAACCCCGAUAUGUGAAUGUGCAUGUCUGGAAUGCAGAGACGAGUUUUUACAUGAUAUUUGCACUGAGGACUAAUGGAAACUGGCAUCUCCCACUGCACAGACCUAUACAGCAAAAGAAAGCCACUGAUACUGAAACAUAUUUCAACAAAUUGCUCUCAUUGCAGAUUUGUGUGCAAAACUCAUAGGUGACAAAAGAUGGCCAGUACCUUCUCACGUCUCCUGGCUGGUCGAAGAACUGUAGUUCUCUUUGCAACAGUUAGUACCGGGGCAUUGACCACUGGAUACCUGCUGAAUCAGCAAAAUGUGAAAGCUGGAUCCUAUCACAGACAAAGACUAUUUCCUCCAAGUGCAGACUUCCCUGAUCUUCGUAAGCACAACAACUGCAUGGCUGAAUGCCUCACUCCAGCAAUCUAUGCCAAACUGAGGGACAAGAUGACUCCUAAUGGCUACACGCUGGAUCAGUGCAUCCAAACUGGUGUUGACAAUCCUGGCCACCCUUUCAUCAAAACGGUCGGCAUGGUUGCAGGAGAUGAAGAAUCUUAUGAGGAAUUUGCUGAAAUUUUUGACCCAGUUAUCAAAGUAAGACACAAUGGCUAUGAUCCAAAAGUAAUGAGGCAUCACACUGACCUGGACUCUUCCAAGAUCACCCAUGGGCAAUUUGAUGAACGCUACGUCUUAUCAUCCCGUGUACGCACUGGCCGCAGUAUUCGGGGGCUGAGCCUACCGCCUGCCUGCUCCCGGGCAGAGAGGAGAGAAGUAGAGAACGUUGUAGUCACUGCUUUGGCUGGGCUGAAAGGAGAUCUCUCUGGGAAGUAUUAUAGCCUGACCACAAUGUCUGAGAAAGAACAGCAGCAACUUAUCGAUGACCAUUUCCUAUUUGAUAAACCAGUGUCCCCUUUGCUAACAUGUGCCGGGAUGGCCCGUGACUGGCCAGAUGCCAGAGGAAUCUGGCACAACAAUGACAAAACAUUUCUCGUCUGGAUCAAUGAAGAGGAUCACACCAGGGUGAUCUCCAUGGAAAAGGGAGGCAACAUGAAACGGGUCUUUGAAAGAUUUUGCCGUGGAUUACUAGAGGUUGAAAGGUUAAUUAAAGAACGAGGGUGGGAGUUUAUGUGGAACGAACGCUUAGGAUAUGUAUUGACCUGUCCUUCCAAUCUGGGAACAGGAUUGCGUGCAGGAGUCCACGUUAAGCUUGCAAAGCUCAGCAAGGAUCCUAGAUUUGCAAAGAUCCUGGAAAACUUGAGGCUUCAAAAACGUGGCACCGGUGGAGUAGACACAGCCGCUGUAGCAGAUAUAUACGAUAUCUCCAAUCUAGACCGCAUGGGCCGAUCAGAGGUGGAACUUGUUCAGCUAGUCAUUGAUGGCGUCAAUUACAUGGUUGACUGCGAGAAGAAGUUGGAGAAAGGCCAAGACAUCAAGAUACCACCACCGCUGCCACAGUUUGGAAAGAAGUGAAGCUGCUUCCAAUGAGUAUCAACUGGCCUGCCAUGUGUCUGUUGUGACAGACUUUUAACUCUGUAUAUUCAGUUCCUUAAAUACUGUAACUUGUCAAAUGGAAAAAUGAAUAAAAACAAGACCCUGUCACCAUGUUCAAUAAAAUGCUACCUGGUGCCCCAGAUAUGGCACACCUA